CUCCUGAGCGCGCUCUGCUGCACGGGACUCACAUAUCGACCACUGUGAAACAUUUCUCCUUGUAGUGCCCCUUCUAACUGGGCUUUGCUGCGCCUGCAGCGCAUUGUCGUCGCUCACUUACCUUACCCUGUCCAUUGUUUACGGAUACCCUGCGCACCCCCCCGUGGGAUACAUCAUCUACCAGCCACAAUCAUGUCCAACUCGUACGGCGCACUUCCUCAGCCGAACGACUCUCAUCUCUCUCGCGGCUACGGUGCCUCACAAGCAACCGACUUUGCAGCCCAGGGAAAUCCGAACAUGAGCUCACCGCUGGCCCACUCGGUCGGCCAGACUGGUGCCUUCCACGAGGACUUUGACGCCAGCCAGCGAGGCUCGUCCAUCAUUGAUGGCCUGCAGCGCUCCUCUUCGCACGCCAGCACCGCUGCGCCGGGAAGUGUCAGUCGCAGCAACACACUCAAGAAGAAGAGCAGUUUCAAGCGCUCAGGCAGCGUAAAACGCAGCGGCAGCAGGAAGAGCUUGAGGGCCGGCAGCAUCAAGGGCGUGGGCGUGGACGCCGAUAGGGAGCAAUUCCACAGCUAUGCCUUCACGCCUGUGCCAACCACAGGCACACCGACAGAAGUCCUGGCCAACCGCUUUCAGGCAUGGAGACAGCUGUUGAAGUCGCUGAUCGCUUACUUUCGCGAGAUCCAGAACUCCUACGAUGCUCGCGGCAAGGCCUUGCACAAGGUGCAAAACACCAUCUCCAAUAUUUCGCAUCCUGCAGUAUUCAUGAGCAACGACGGGCUGGGCGAGGCCACGCGCAUACUCGAUGCCUACCACAAGCGCUCUACUGCCGAAGCCAGCAAAGCGCGCGAGAUCGAGAACGAUGUCAUUGGUGCAUUGACUGGUCUGCGAAGUGAUCUCGGCCAGAAGAUUAAAGAGAUCAAGAGCUUGAGCGGCGACUUUAAGAACUCUGUCGACAAGGAAAAGGCUGCCACCAAGCAGGAAGUCGAGAAGCUGCAAGAGGCGCUUCUGCACUCAGAUCAUGCAGGCGGCAAUGCCGGGGGCAAACAUGAUCCUUAUGUGGUGCGACUGGGCGUAGACAGGCAGAUCGAAAGGCAGAUUGACGAGGAAAACUAUCUUCACCGGGCCUAUCUCAACCUCGAGAGCUCUGGACGUGAGCUUGAGUCGAUCGUCGUGGGCGAAAUUCAAAAGGCAUACAAUGCUCUUGCUGGCAUCCUCAAGCGUGAGGCGGACGAUGCCUACAAUGCAGUCGAAAGCCUACGAGGCGGCCCAAUCGCCAUGCCCAAAGAUCAGGAAUGGUACGAAUUCGUGACCCACGACCCACAUUUUGUCGAUCCAAACGUACCACUCCGCCGUAUUGAAGAGAUUGAAUAUCCUGGCAAACAUGCUCCUGCCGCGACUGAGAUUCGUGCUGGCAUGCUCGAGCGCAAGAGCAAGUACCUGAAGUCCUACACACCGGGGUGGUAUGUCCUAUCGCCCACGCAUCUUCACGAGUUCAAGUCAGCGGACAAGAUCUACUCCCAACCACCAGUCAUGUCGCUGUACCUGCUGGAUCAAAAGCUCGGCUCGCACUCUGACCGCGGGUCUUCGAGCCACAAAUUCAUGCUCAAGGGUAAGCAGUCUGGGGGCAUGCACAAGGGCCACAACUGGGUAUUCCGUGCCGAGAGCUACGAUACCAUGAUGGCCUGGUUCGAAGACAUUCGCGUCCUCACCGAGACGACCGGCGAGCAGAGGCAAGCCUUUGUUCGCAAGCACGCUAGGAGCGUGUCUGGCACCAGUGACCGAGGCACAGUCAGCAGCGACGGCCUGGAAGACGACGAAGCCGACCAGGCGCCCUAUUCGGCGGAUGCUGCUAGCUUGGCUGAGCAGAACCCCAUUGUGGAUGAUAAGCCACGAAGACCGCAGCCAGGCGGUCGAUUCCCGUCUGACCUGGCCCUUCGCAAAGCCGGCACCAUGAGCACAGCGACCGAUGGGACUGCAGAAGACGAUUCAGAUGACGACGGCAAUGCACAUUUCAUCGGUGCCGCCGGUGGUGUCCCAGGCUCGCAGCGCCAUGUACGGGGGCCAAGCUACGACUAUGGCGGCAAGGAUCCCUACCGCAUGGACAAUGUCGAAUCCGCCACAGUCCACGAGCAACCAUUCACCACGCGACCAUAUACGCCACCCCACCAGGAUGAGCUUGCUGCUGCUGCACCACUCACCACUGGAGCUGCUGGUGUUGGUGCUGGUGUUUUUGGCACCGAAGCCUAUCGCCGUCACCAGCAAGAGCAGCAGAAUAAGGAGAAUGCAAUCCUGCAGCAGUCCCAGAUUCACUCUCCCCAGCCAGUACAACCUCAACCACCUCUCCAGACGCAGACCUAUGCCCUUUCGGGAACCGAGAAUCUGCCAGCAGCCCAGCAUCAGGCUCCACCAGCUCAAUUGCAGCAGCCUAUCGCUUCAUCUGCGCAGCCAACAGGCAAUUACCAACAGUCCGCCCAGCCUUUUUUAGGUAGUGAGCCAGCAACCACCUCUGUCCAGUCUCAGCCACGGGGUUCGCUGGCUCGUUCCCCCACGGAAAACUACAGUGACUGGAUUGCACCAGCAGCGACAGGUGUUGCUGGAGUUGGAGCAGGCGCACUUGGAGCCGAGGCAUAUCGCCACCACCAGCAAAACGCCGGCGUGCCUCAAACCGAAGAUCAGAAGGUGUCGUCCAUCGAGCCGGAAACGACCGCUUUGCCAUCACUUCCAGAGCAGCCUUCGCCAUCCCAGAGCCAGACCAGCCUCAGCGCCAUCUCUCGCGAACGCUCAGUGCGUGCCUCGCCUGUCGGCAAUAGCAUUGCGGCAAUUGCGCUUGGCAACGAACCACGCUCAAAUCCAGUUUCCCCACCUGAGUCGCCAGCAGCCAUUGCCACUCCCCCUACGCUGUCAGCACCUGCUACCAGUGAACAACCGACCCUCGAAUCUACAAAGACUCUUCAGUCGAUCACUUCCGAGCCGACCGCCCUGCCAACAGCAUCCGCCAUCGCAGCCGAGUUGACUACCAACGAGCCGAUUACCGAUGUGAAUGCUGGAUCCGCGAGCCCUCCUCUCGGCGGCAAUGAAGCCAACGGAGCCCACCUAACGGGCGAGUUCUUCCCACGCGUCAUUCGACACGACACGAACUUGAGCGUCAGCAAGUUGCACGUGCCAGGAGAAUUCAAAUAGGAAGAUGAUAUCUGAAGGGACGAUGGGAGGACAAUAUUCAUUUCGACAGUAAAACGCAUAUGACAAUGCUUUGGCAACACAGGACUCUUUUGGACAGGAAAUGGCACGAAUGUGAUUGGAUGGAUGGACGGGCAAUGGUUGAUGAGGGUUGUUUUUAUUUAGGUUCUCGCUUUUUUGAUUAUUAUGCGUGCGUGUACACAAUACUGUUGCGCGCGUGUCUUCCUCCUUUUUUUCUUCGCCCACUUCUUCUCAAAAAUAUUUCGG